GCCGCCGCCGCCCGCUCCACGACCGCUCCGCACCUGAGGGCAUGUCGGCGCUGGCGGCGCUCGUGGUGCUGGCGCUGGUGGCGCUGGUCGUGGUGGCGGCGUGCCGCGUGCUGGGCCUGUGGACGUGGCUGGCCGCCUGGGUGGCCUCGCCCAGGGAGGAGAAGGUGGCGCUCACCCGCGUCGACGGUCACUACGACGCCAACGGCGUGCUCGUGCGCGCGGAGUCGGACACGAGCCUGGAGGUGGCGCUGCGGUUCGGCGGAGCGGCUGCGGCGGCGGCCGGCGUGGGCGCCAUGGCGAUCCCGCCGCAGCCGCUGCGUGCGCCCGCCACCGACCUGGAGGUGUGCGACGUGCCUGCCGGGCUGCGGCGCGCCGCCUCCUGCGAGUCGGUCUGCUCGGACACGUCCGUCGUGCUGGGAGACCUCCAGGAGGCGCCCGUCGCAGGGUACCUCUGCGUCGGCCUCGAGAGCGACAGGUUCAGUGGCGAGCUGGUGGUGACCGUGCUGGAGGCCAAGGAGCUGGCCGACAGCCCAGACUCCUACGUGCGGCUCUCGCUCUCGCCCGACAGGAACUGCGUCGUGCAGACCAGGGUGUACCGACGCAGCAGCUGCCCCAGCUACAAGGAGAAGUUUGUGUUCUCGCUGGACCCGGCGGAGCUGUCGCGGCGCACGUUGUCGCUGCAGGUGUUCGCCACGGACAAGGAGGUGACGACGCUGCUGGGCGAGGCCGAGCUGCGCCUCUCCGACAUCAGCAUGCGGCAGCCGGUCACCACCUGGCUCACGCUCACAGACACCGGCCAGCACGGCACAGAAUGGGGCGAGGUGAUGUUCUCGCUGAGCUACCUACCCACUGCUGAGAGACUCACUGUCGUCAUAGUGAAGGCUCGAAACCUGAGGUUCUCUACCGACCCUGUACCUGGCGACCCAUUUGUAAAGGUUUAUUUAUUGCAACAUGGGAAGAAAGUUCAUAAGAAGAAAACAACAACUAAGCGUGGUGAACGUUGUCCUAUCUUUAACGAAGCAAUGAUUUUCAGUGUACCAGCUCAUGCUCUACAGACAAUACAGCUGCGGGUAACUGUUGCAGAAAAUACAGGAGAACCACGAGCCCGUGCUGUGGGGCAUGUGAUUGUGGGUGCCCAAGCUACAGGGAAGGCACUCUCACAUUGGAGUCAAAUGUUAUCCUCUUUACGCAAGCCCAUUGCAAUGUGGCAUGUUCUACGCAAAUGACAAUUCACUGUUUAAACAAUGUAAAAUUAUUUUCUAACCAUUAUGUGUAAGUGAUUCGAUGGUACUAAUCUGGUGCUAUGCCUGCAACUUGCUAUGAUUCAGUGUCAUUCGUAUAGAGAUGACAUAAUUCUGUAAUGACUGUCAUACCAAGUUUCUUAAAAUCCUAGGUCCUUUCAUAACUACUAUCAUAACUACCUUUUAGUACAAAUUAUUGAGUGAGAUUUCAUAUGCACAUUUUUCUUUGGUCCUUUUUGUACAUAAUGAAAGACAAUUUUAUAAUAUACACUGUGACUCUUUCCUGUUAAUUUUGUUGUACAGUUAGAUCAGGAAAUCAGAAGGCAUAAUUUUUCAAAAAUAUCUUAAAUAUGUACCUGAAGAUAGAUAUUUCCAAAUGGUUUUUGUUUACCUGUGAGAAAUAAGUGGUGGAAGAAUGAAGCAGUACUUUCCUCAUAAGAAAACUCAUAUAUUUGGAUAUUACUAUUUUUCAGUUAUUUCCAGUUCUACAGUGAUCCUGCAAAGCUGCCAACAACAAAAAAGAAAUAAACAAGAACUUGCUAAGAGAGAAUAUUAAACAGACUCAUAGUUUAUAUUCUACAACAUAUCUAACAACAAUGAGUAAUCCCAGCUAUUGUAUGUCUAACAACAAUGAAUAAUCCAAUUUAUUGUAUCACUGAAAUACGGAUCUUCUCUUUUUUUCCAUGAAGCUAUUAAAAGAUGUACAAGUAACUACAAAACAAUCACCAGAUUUAGAAAAAUGGAACAGAUAAAUGGACCAACUGAACAGAACGUUAACAUCACUUUAGAAUUCCUUAUGUCGAGUAAUAGUCAGAAUAUGUUUAUUCUAUAAUAUAAAACCUUGGAAUGUAGUCAAAUAAACUUAUGACUUAAGAGACUGUAAUUAUCUAACACUUAACAUCAUUCUAAAAAUUGAAUUGUUAUGGCAAUCAAUAUUAUAUAUGUCAUUGUUCACCGAUAAUAAUAUUGAGGUCUACAGAUGACCUUCAAAUUUCGUUGCAGAACAGACUUUCCCACACAGCUAUACUUCUUAGUUGUUGAUUUUUGUGUAUUAUGUACAAGGAUCAUAAAACUAUAAUCUCAUGACAUAACAAAAAACUGAUUUCAACAUUCGUUAAUCUUACCUUAAAAUCAAUGUUUUGUUUUUCUCCCACCAUUUCUUUAUCCUUUACGAAAGAAGAUUUCUGCUGUGCCUGAAGAUCUGCUUUUCUUUAAAUGUUGCAUGUGCAUAAAAAUCACUCAUUAUACAACAAAAAAUUCUGGUAAUUUUCAUAUCUUAUUUCAUUCCUAUUAAUGUGGUAAAUAAUUGUAUUAGAGAUUAUUAGAGGUGUAUUUGUACAGAUUCUCAUUGUGGGGCAAAGACACCUUCCCCUCUUUGAUCUUGGAAGACACUGUGAUAUACUAUAAAAUCAACACAAGAACAAAAAUAUUGAGUCUUCAUUGUAGUAACAAAAAUUAACAACUGUAGAAUAUCUAUAAAACUGAAAGAAUUAUGUUACAGAUAGAUAAUGUUUCUAGAACUUAAGAGCCUUUCCCAGAGAACAAAAAAUGAUGUGGACCAACAUAAGAGGAGUUCUGCCAUCUUAACAGCAGCUUAAUGUAUGUAUGGAACUUCAUUCUUAUAUUUCAUAUUUGCAGUACCUGUUGCUAUCAACAAUUAUCCAUGUAUUGGUUGUAAUUAAUCAUGGUAAUUGUUUUAAAGAGGGUCAAUCAGGUAAUAAUCUAUAUUUCAUAUAUUAACAGUGCCUCACGAUGAAACUUUAGUAGUUAAUUGUUUUUCUCCUUUUCUAACGAAACUAGAAACACUAUACCAUUGCCCAAUUGUAUCAUCAAAUGUACACACCAUGAGAUUAUUCCUGCAUUUUAACUUCAACAUAAUAUAUAAUUUGUAAAUACCACAGAAAUACAUUACUGCUUUAAAUAUGACAAUAGCAAAAUACAAUGGAAUAACAUCACCAUCAUUGCUGGCAUUUGUUUCUAGUGUCAUUAGUGGACCAGACAUAUAGUAGUGUCCAAUAUGUGAUAAGGAUGUUGAUGCAGAUGAAAAUGAAUUAUAGAGAAAUUCUGUUUAAUUGCACAAUUCAAGUGUCUUACACAAUGUUUAUUUAAAGUUGAUAACAUAAUAAGCAUUUACAUGACUAAGGAAACCAUUAAGUGAAAAGAUAAUAUAUUCCUUUGACUGUUUGCUCAAAUUUUCCCUAUAACUUUCGUUGAGGUUGGAUGCUAUCUUCUUUUAUUUGAUGAAAUGUCUCAUAGCCCCUUGUCUCACAGUUAUAUUCAUUUCUUCAUUUUCAUAUGUGUUUCUGUGUUAUUAUCCUUGAUGACCCUCUUCAAAAUCUUCUUUUAACAUUAAACCUUUUUCAUGAUUUUUGUCACAGUAGUUCUAGUCCAGGUUUUGGGUACUAAGUUGUUAACAUUUUUAUUGUAGAACUGUAAAAGUUCUUGUGUCUUUUAUUUACCUCAUGUUUUCACGUAUCUAUUGAGGAAUUCCCAUAUAUUUGUUAAAUUAUAUGUAGCAUGUUAUCUUAGUAAGACAAUGCAUAUUCAAGAAGACUAUGACACGUUUAAUAAAUGUACAAGAAAUGAUAAUUCACAUUACAGCUAAAAGACUGCACUGUUUCUAUUUGAAUAGAUAGACAGUGACACUUGUUAUAUGUUUCAGUGGCAUUCAGUAAAUACUGAUAUAAAUGAAAUUGUUUAGCAAAGGAUUAUUACUAAGUACACAUAAAUUUCAGCUUGCCAUAAAGCAGCAUAGAUAACAACAUGUAGAGAAUCAUAAUCUUUAAAGAGCCAGAAGAAAACUAUUCUUAUAUCAGAUCUACAAAACUGUCUGCUUAUACCUAAAAGCAUAUAACUGGAUUUCUGUCAGAUCAGUAUUGUUAUUAGUUGCAACAACAACUAAAUAUCUGUUAGUACUUUCCAUUUGGAUCUGGAUUUUAUGAGUUAAUUGUAAUAGCUCUCAUAACUAAUAUUAGUAAAAGCUUAAACUACCACAUCAAGUACUUGCAUUCUUAUGAGUAAAUGUUUUUACUUUCAUAAUAAUUGUUUUCUACUGAAAUUGAAAUGUAACAUUAAAAGUGAGAUUACAAUGAAAUACUAACAAAAAGUUUAAUAUUUAGCAGAUGUACUGUAUCUGAAAACAAAAAAUAGCAAAUCAAAGAAUAAAUGAUAAUGCAACUGAAAGUGCAGAAAUGAUUACUCAGAGAGUAUAUAUGGCAAAUAAGCCCUGGAGUUAGGGUAACAAUGGCACUGGACUAGGAUUCAGGAGUUUGAAGCUUCAAACCCAUGUUCAGCAGUCUUGAUUUAUGUUUUCAGUGGUUUUCCUAAAUCACUACAGGAAAAUGCCAGGAUGGUUCCUUUAAAAGGAAGCUUGUGCUCCAUCUGUAAUGACCUCAUUGUUGAUGGGAUGUUAACCACUAUUAUCCUCCUCUUCCUUCUCCUCCUCCUCCUCCUUCAACAAUGAGACUCUGACAAAAAUCUUUCAUAUUUUCACUGAAAGGUUAAUUUUUUUUAAAUAUGCAAAGAGUGUAAGAUGUCUCAAGGGUAGUUAGUUGUUUUCACAUUUUGUUGUAAAAUGAGUUAUCAUACAUAUAAGAUACAAGAAAUGUAGUGGGCAAAAUAAAAGCAAUGGAAAGAGUAAAGAUAAUGAUCCACGGAGUAGAGAGAUGUAAGCAAGACUUGGAAGUUGUUGCUUUGCUUCUGGACAAUGUCUUUAGAAGAAGCAAAGACUCACAAGCGUUAUCAAAAAGUUCAUAAUCUUAUUUAUAGGGCUGUCUACCAUUCAGUAUCUCGACUAUAUGGAAAAUGGUUGUCUUCAUUCUUUUCCUUGUUUGAAUCAAUAUAUUAUAUGACUUUGCAAAAAAAAAAAAUGCUUUUCAAACUGAUACGUGUACCUCAUUGAUGGAUUGCAAUGCCACAUACGAAUUUAAGUUCUUCAAAGUUGAAAGUGGCUACUUAUUAUUUCACAUAUACAUGCUAAAGUUCUAUUAGAAACAAGUUUCAGAGUUGAAAGUGCCUAAUUAUUAUUUCAUAUAGUAGUGUUUAAGUUCUAUUAGAAACAAGCAAAAACAGUCAACAUCAUAUGUUCAGAAAAACAGAAGAUAUUUAAAAAUUUAAUGUCCAAGAACACUUAGUGUAGCUUCCACUUCAUACCAUUUUAUACUGUCUGCAUAAUAUUCAGUUAAUGAAUUAUCUCCUCUCCUUAUGUUUUACAUAUUCUACAUUCAUCUAUACAUUUUGUAAAUGAGAAAAUAUUGCUUUAUUAGUAUUUAAAAUUACUAUGAAAGACAUUAUGUGAAUGUCCACAGAUGUAUAUCAUUCUAAGAAUCUUAUACCUUUAGCAAAAGGAAGCGUUGUCCAAUUUUAUCAGCUGCAUCAAGCACAAAAUUAUCUCAUUCACAGGGUACAGCACAAAUAUUUUGUUUAUCUUCUGUUUUCAGAGUCACAAAAAUAAUCCGUUAAUUUCUUUUGUAGAAUAAGUUCCCAGUAUUAUCAUUUGUAAUCUAAAGCAUAAAUUAUUGAAGAUACAUCACAGUGAAGAAUUUGGGGUCAAUAGUUUCAUUCUUUGUAGCUUUAAUUUUUGUCCCAGUUUCUGUCUAAACAGUAUGUGAUGCUGGUCGUGAUUAAAGAAUGCAAAAUACUUAAUGCUGUAGACUGAUAAUUUAUUUGUUCAUUGUCAAAAUUAUAUCAUCAUUUAAGUUUAUGAGUAUAUUGGUUAGAAGCUGUUUUUGGCUUACAGAUGACUGCUUUCAAGCAUCAAAUUUCCUGUGAAGUGCCUAAAGUUUCUAAGCUUCACCUAGUUCCUCUGCAUCAUUCUCAAUUAAGAUGGCCUUCCAGCACAGCAAAAGUCUUUUUCAUUCUGUCAUUUAUUCUACUUUCCCUUCAAUGACAAUCUUGUAAUUGUGUGUAAAUAAAAUUCAGAGAUAUUAUGAAAAUCAUUUUUGUAAAUAUAUGUGUAUCCAUAGAAUGUAAUCAUAAAAUAUUUUAAACAGCAAUCUCUUCCUUAUUAAUGCAUUAACUGACUGCAAAAAGCCACCUCUGAUCUGAGCUUGAACAUAAUAAAUAUUAAGCUGUGUAGGUACUAAAGGAAAUGGGGCCAUUCAAAGGUAAAUGAAAGAUAUAUUUAUAUACAGAAGUAUCUAAUCAUAAGUAGUAGUAAGCAACAUGUUAGAAUACAAGGUUAUGUUUCUUAGUUUGUAUUGGAAGAUAUUUGAGAUACUGUUUUCUAGUCAGAUUGUUAAUAACUGCUCUUUGACACAUUACAAAGAAUUUCAUUGAUAUAUAUAUACAUAGAAACAUGUAAAUAAAUAAAAUAGCAGAGCCAGAAACUUCCAGACUAAUCAACAAUAUAGUACCAUAAAAUCUAUGUGAUGACAAAGGAAACAAAUAUCACAAUCAUGCAUAGUUUAUAGUUAUUAUCAGGCUUUUAGAUUCAUUCAGAAACAACAUCAAGGUCAGACAUGUGUAAGAAAUAGUCUUUUCAUGCACUGAUAUGAAAUUAUUUCCUUCUUGGACCUAUUAUUAACCUAUGAGUGUUAAUGUAUUUACGAGUAUGUAACAUAACUACAAUGAUCAGUUGUUGCUUUGACAUCCAUUUAUAAAAUGAAAUACCACAGUAAUACAAAAUGCAAAUUUAUGUUUGGCAUACAAGUUAUGUGCUAGAGAAUGAAACAUACUCAAAAUGAAAAAAUAUGAAAACAUGUGGUACAGAUUUUAAAAGAUAGACUCAGUUUUUAAACAAGUGCGAAACUGUUUUAUGAACCACCACUCCACAAACAAUAUGAGAGAAGGAUCAGUGGUAUUUUUACCAGAUUUAUAUAAUAUCUUGACAUCUCAAACCACAGACUACUGGGCCUGAGAUAUGACAUAGCAUCAAAUUUUAAGUUUGAACUUCAUUUAAGACAUUGCCUUAUAAUUCUUUAAUUUCAUUGCUAGUGUUAAAAAGAUCAUGUCUGGUUUGUAACACCUUUAUUAUUGGCAAAAGAUAUAUAUUCACAUGGGAGCUGUGCAUAAUUUACAAAUCUUUCUCUCUCUUAUAAAUGUAGUAUUUGAAAUAAGAAAAAGAAUCAGCAGACUCUGUUGUGUGUUACCAUGUUAACUGAAAGAACCUUAUAUGAACCUGCGGUGGAAAAUUAUAUCACACUAAUGAAUGUCUCUUGUUAGUCUGUGCUCUGAGAGUUGCCCAUUUUUUAUAUCUUGUCAUUCCCUCUUGUGUUUUUCAAGAAGUUAUGAGACUGCCAACAUUUUACAAUAAUUUCUACUCAUUAUUUUUAAAAAAUCAUACAUAUCGUCUUCACUAUAAUUCACAGUAAUCCCACUAUUAUGUCAUGAAGCAAAAGCAGUGGACUUUAUUAAUGAACUUUCAUUGACAGAUUCACACUUCCCAACCCAUUCACUAGAUCUACUUGUAAACCAAUCAUAUAUGAUUUAGUCAGGACUUGUUUUGGCUACCAUAUAAAAUUUAAUAAAAAAUAUGGAAAUGGACUUGUUCAGUACUUAAUUCUCACAGGUAGUACUACAUUCAUCUCAAAUAAUUUAUGUAAUCCAGAUUUGAUUACAUACAUUUCUUUUGUUCCUAAUUUUCAGAGAUUUAUGUGUUUGCUCUUUGUUUUGUAAAGAUACAACAAUUUGAUGCUCCUUUCUGCAGUUCUAGUGUAUCUGCUACAUACAGACACUACAGACUAAAAGUUUCAUCCAAAACACAAAGAGGUCAGAAGGUGCAAAAAUAACAGCAGGAUAGCAAUAGAAAGAACAAAUAUUAUUUUAUACAUUGAAAUUCAGACUCAGUACCAAGAAACAAAACUGCAUACUGCAGUGCUCAUACUGUAAUCUUAUACAGUGACAUACAAACAUUCUGUUUCUUAGAUUUAAUGUGAAGGAGAGAUAACGAAGAAUUCAAGAAAUAGUAUAGCUCAGUAAGUAAAUUACUAUAAACUACUCCUAUGUGUCUGUUUCAUUUGCCACAUGUGUCAGUGAUUUAUUGACUUUUGUAAGUUCCAGAAUAUGGUAUUUUGGUCUGAACACAUGUCACACCUUUUCUCAUAUAUAUUUGUAUGAAAUUAAUCAUAUUCUUGCAACAAGGAGGUCACAUUUAAAACAUUUUAAAGUUGUGCGAUGGUACACACAUAAUUUGUGGAAUUUACUGAACUCUUCUAAUAAUAUACUCAGGAAAUUAUUUAUCACUGGAUGAAAAUGGAUCAAUACUGGUACAUAUAUAAUAUUACACAAUUCAUCUUGGAAUUACUGCACAUCCUUUUCUUGGCAGAAAUAAAUCCCAAACUAUAAUAAAAUAAAAUUCAGUAAUUAUUUCAAUAUAUCAUUGGUCUAGAAUGUAUUAAUUUUUAUUUGUGUUCUUUAAUUAAUGUGUGAUAUGGAGUGAACUUUUAUGUUUCAACAUAUCAAUAUACUGAUGCAAAAUACGUCACAAUAAACAAAGUACUGCAGCAUGAUCCUAUUACCAAGUUUCAGACAUGCAUUUUCUCAUAGUUCUCCUUUAAUUAAUGCUGGACUGAUACACAGAUAGGAAUUAAUACUGUUGCUUGCCCUGUUCCAAACUCUUCUCCCUUUCCUACACUUUCCCUAGUAUUUUAUAAUAUAUUUAUGCUGGAAAUAUACUGCAAACCUAGGAAUACAAAUGAUUUCUACAGCUAUGAAUUAAACAACAAUAACUAGUAUCAACAAACACAUUCAACUAGAAGCUAUCUCCAUCAACAGAAAAUGAUUUCUCCAAAUGUGACUAGUUUUGUGAUUAAAAUUAAUUAAAUCUCACUAUUUCCAUUUCCUUUUCUAAAUAUAAGUUAUGAUUAGCUGUUCUUUUCUUUAGCACUGUUAAUUCUACUAUGUUUUUUUAUUACUUUUCUUUGUAUUCAUUAUAUUCAUUAACGAUUUCUAUUUGCCACAUUCAUUUUGGGAAUCAUCAUCCAUGGAGAUAUUUAAUCAAUACAAAACAUAAAUGUUAUCAGCUAUUUAGCCCUUCUCAGAUAUAUCUAUAGAAAAUUUGUCCCUGCUGAGUAAAUGCUCAUCAUAAAAAUUCUUCAUAGUCUCCUUUUACAAUUUUCUUCUUGUGAUAAUGCAUUAUGACUGUGAAAGAACUAUUACUGUACCCAUUUUUUGUUUGUUUGUUUGUGUGCUCUUUUAGCUAACAACUUCUAGAUUUUAUUUGAUCAGCUUUACAAGUCCUAUAUUCUUUCUGCCUGAAUUAAAUGAAAAUGUGGACUGCUGCUUAAUUCUGUUCUUCAAAAAAUGGUAUUACAAAACCAGAUCACAUAUGUGGAUCUUGGAAAUUUGCAUGCAUGACAAACUGGACUCUGUUUUUAUACGUAUCAUAUAUUACUUAUUCAUGAAAUCAGUAUGUUUUCAAUAUAUUACAAAAUGAACUGAACAUUAUUGGGAAUAUUCAUUAUUGAUUGAAGAACUAUUGCUACAAAGGCAAUGAAAACCUUGUAAAAACCUAUUAGCUAUCUAAUCUGCCUUACUUUGGAUCUUUUGCACACAUGUUCAUCUUGCUUUCACACUGUAUUCUAUUAAAGAAAAUAAUAGUGCUUCUAACUUUUUUUAAUUCACCAUGAAUUUUUCUUUGUGAACUUUUUAAGAUUUCCCUCCAUUAUCAUCUGUAUGUGAGUGAAUUUCCAGGUUUACAUGAUUGGAAAUAUGAUAUGCUCCUUGUGAUUUCUAUUUUGUGGUGGCAAGCAUGGGAAAUGAGUAGACAAAAGAUAAUUUAAGAGAAUAGUAGACUAAAUAUUCUAAAAUACAUUUUUGUGAAAUACUUUAGUGUUUGGAUGCCCUUACACAAGUUUAAUGACUAUCAGAUUUAUCAGUUGAUAACAGAAGUCCUAGUCAAUUAUCCUGUUGCUUUGCACACUACAUCUAAAACUAAAAUAUCAACUCCUAUUACUGAACAAUCUCUGAUACAGUGAUUUACAAAAGUUAUUGUGAUGAACAAAUUAUUAGCAUUCAUUUUUACAAAACUGAACAACAAACCAAUCAUAAAUUAAUGAAGCUAGCUCUCAAAUCAAUAUUAACAAGCAUUGCUGAACAUUGUAACAUGUAUAAUAUUGAGCUUCAGGUGUUUCUCAGGAAAAAGCAGAAUCUUUAACCAUAUGGGUGCACAUUUGACCAAUAAAGUCAGUAUAUUUCAAGAAUUCUAAACAAAGUUACUCUUGGAUCAAAUAAAUAUGUAUAUAAACUGUUUUAGUCCAGAACAACCACACAUAUACAACUUCAUUAAGCUAUGACACAAUAACUGUUGUUUUUCCUUUCUGUCAUUAAAAAAACAAAACUCUGUAAAUAAUUUGAGAGUGAAGGUAACACCUCAGUGAAUAGUGGAAGCACUGAUUCAGUGACAGGCACACAAAAAACAAUGAAAAUUGGCUAGUUUUCUAACAGAUCAGUGUAGCUGCAUGGUGUGUGUGUGUGUGUGUGUGUGUGUGUGAGAGAGAGAGAGAGAGAGAGAGAGAGAGAGAGAGAGAGAGAGAGAGAGAGGGGGGGGGGGCAGAGGGGGGGGGGGGAGUGAGUGGGCAGGUGGGUGGGUGGGUCGGUGGGAGUGUGCAGACACAUACAUGCAUGUACCUCCAUGUGUGAAAAAGCUGGUGAAGUUUUCAUUUGUUUUUGUGUGCCAGUAAACACCUCAAGACUUCUACUACUUAUUGAGUUGUUACCUUCAGGCCUAAUUGGUUUACAUUCUGCCAGAACUUUCCAUGCCACUGUCUGUACACUCUGUUACCUUAUGUAUGUUAUGUCUUUCACUGAAUGAGAAAUAUGCUUAUGAAUUUACGCAACAGUAAAACUAUGGCUAUAAGCUAAAAUUUCUCUCCUGUGAUACACUGUGUUACAAAGAAUUCACCGAUAUAAACUCAAACUCCUGUUAUCUUAAUAAAUCAACUAAAUUACUGGACUAACUGCUGAUAACAUGUUUUGAUACAAAAACCUUUGAAAAGAUAGUGUCAUGAGGGUACAAACACUGUAUAUUAUGUAUAUUCAUGAAUUAAUUUUCAAAGAAAAAUGGAGGGCUAUUAUUGUUUUAUUUUAAGUUUCCAAAUUUUAUAAGGGGCAGAAGCAUAAUCUUCAAUGCUUAUUGUCUUAAUUGUAAUCAGUUGUAAUGAAUACUAUCGUAUGAUAGGGUGGAGACAAUAACACUGAAGGAAUGAGAAUAGAAGUAAAUUUUAUUUUUUGAAAAUUGUCUAAUAAUGGAACAGCAAUGUCCAUAUUCUUCUGUGAUAAAAUUGUAAGAAUCAUGAAUCAGUUUCAUUUACUUUUUUUAGCAGUAAAAUGUUUUAGUCAGACACUAUUUUUGCACAUGUUACAACUGAAUAGUUUUUGUUAGUAAAUUCUGCAUUUAUAACAGAUUUUUCUAUUUCUGUGUAAAAUUUUUACAGAUUAUGUAAAUGCCAUUGUUUUUUGAUACUCAUAGAAAAAAAUAUGUUUACCGUUUAAAAUUCAGUCUGUAAAAUAAAUUUCAUUGUAAAUAAACUAAUUGAUAUGUGAGUGUAACUUCUUAUCCUGCUCAGACUCAAAUUCACAUGUCAAAAUGGCAAAAAAACUCAAUGGAUUUUACAGAUCUGGGCUCAUGGCAUUUUAUGUGCUUGUAAUAUAUCUGGAAAUUAAAAUGUACUGAGAGUGUAAUAGUAAACUGUGAAAAAUUUGGAAAUACAUUUCUUUUUGC